CACCAGGAAUGGCGACAUACGCAAGACGGGUUACUGGUCCCAUGGGACGAGCUUACAAGGCCGCCCAUUGUUCCUCCACGCUUUAUCGGGCCAAGUGCGGGCGGUGGGGACCAGACCUGGUGACGACCACCCUCCAUGGACCCCUCCUCUCAAACACCUUUCGUCUGUCUACAGCAAGUAUCAACGUCUAAGCCUUUGUGAAACACGAAUUUUGAUGACAUUUCAUCGACAUCCAUGGUUGUCAUCAAUCUUUCUCGCGGCUGGCCCAACCCCGCCUUGCUGCCCGCCGCCGCCUUGGCCUCGGCCUCCGCCACGGUCCUCGCCUCCCCGAGCAUCUGGCAACCAGCCUUGCAAUACGGCCCUGAUGAAGGCUUUCAGCCGUUGCGUGAGCAUCUCGCUCGCUGGCUUACAGAGUUCUACCAGCCACACAGUUCCAUCUUACCGGAUCGCAUUUGUAUCACUGGCGGGGCUAGCCAGAACCUUGCCUGUAUUCUUCAGGUCUUUUCCGAUCCGGUCUACACACGCAACAUCUGGGUGGUCGCCCCUACAUAUCACCUUGCAGGUCGCAUCUUUGAUGAUGCUGGAUUCGCCGGCCGCCUGAGGGCGGUGCCUCUGGAUGCGGCGGGUCUGGAUCUGGCCUAUCUGCGAGAGGAGCUAAUAUCAGUUGAAUUCAAGGCCUCCCGUGAGCUGAACCUGACACCGGAAUACAAACCAAAUCGACCAUGGAGAAAGAUCUACAAGCAUGUCAUCUACGCCACGCCUACCUUCUCAAAUCCCUCCACUCUCACUAUGUCGCUAUCGGACCGCGAACGAUUGGUCCGUUUGGCGCGUCAGUUCGACGCCUUGAUUAUAACCGACGAUGUUUACGACUUUUUACAAUGGCCCGCAGAACCAGCUGCACAGGAGGGACAGCCAGAACACGCUCAAUUGCCCCGGCUUGUGGACAUAGACGGAUACUUGGAUGGCGGACCAUCUGAUGAGUGGGGUAAUGUAAUCAGUAACGGGAGUUUCAGUAAGCUGAUUGGAGCGGGCAUGCGGACUGGAUGGGCGGAGGGAACGGAGAAAACGGCCUACGGUUUAUCGCAGACGGGAUCGAGCAGAUCAGGGGGAGCGCCCUCCCAGUUUUCCGCCUCCAUGGUCGCGCAACUGUUUCCCACGCGGGUCCUCCAAAAACAUAUCAAGGACGUGUUGCAGCCAGCAUAUGCAGCUCGAUAUAAACGAAUGAUGGCUGCUAUCAAUGAACACCUAGUACCUCUGGGCGUCACGCCGAUGACUCCUAGAGGGACCGCAGGGGGGUACUUCAUCUGGCUUCAGCUGCCUACUCCCCUUCGAGCAACCGAGCUGGCUUCGCUCGCACUUCGGGAGCACGGCGUCGAAGUGGCGGCAGGGAACAUGUUUCGCGUGCAGGGCGAUCCUGCGACGGAGAAAAACGAUUUCGAUAGUGGGAUGCGUCUCUGUAUUGCGUGGGAGGAUGAGGAUCAGCUCGAAGAAGGUGUGCGCCGACUCGGGUGCGCCAUCCGCCAGGUCUUGCAGAAACGUUGAGGACGAUCUCGGUGCAUCAGCUGCCCAAGUAGAGGGGCGACUCUCUCGGACUGAGCCAUAUCGAGCAUUUUAAAUCGCGCAGGCGCGGGCGUGACCAACACGAGUUCAAGGUCGGCUUUCAAAAUUAGGUUGCCAUAGAACGU